AUGGAUAAAAACACUUACACCGCCAACCAAGAAGAACUCGAAGAAACUCUCUCUUUUUGUGACCUUCCACUUGAAAACCAAGACCUUGAUCAAUCCCUUUCUUUUCACCACUCACCAAACUCUCCUUCUCAUGAAUUUUUCCAGUUUCCCUUCAUUCAAGACACUCCCUUAAACAGCAAAAACGACAUCGUUUUCUGUGGUCAACUCAUUAAACAACAAGAAUUUGAUGAUGAUGAUCUAAGAAGGUAUCUUUUCCCUUUAUCUUCAACCAGGCAAUUAAACAACAACAAAAAAGAUUUGGGGGCUCUUUAUUUAGUGAAUUCAAAGCCAAAUUCAUCUUUAUCAACCAAAAAUUUUAGGUCUCAAAGUUGUUCUUCUUUAAGAAAAUACAAGGUUUUAAUAGGGUUAGCAAAAAUACCGCCAAAGAUGGACCUAAGUGACAUGAAGAAAAGACAAAGUAGAAGAAAUCCAUCACCCAUGUUUCCUCCUGUGCCCAUCGGUGAUCUGCAGGUGGUGGAAGCAGGUAACGGUUGCGGUGCUGGUGGCAAGAGGGGUCAUCAUUGGAAUCUGUUGAGGCCUUUGAGGUGUAGAGUUCAUCUGGCAAGUGCAUUGGCCAAGGCUUCCUUGGGAUGUAUUCCACAUGUGUGA